AAAUACGGCACUAAUUCUUCAUUUUCUCUUCAUAAAAAUUAACCUCAGUUACAUUUUUCUCUCUUCUUCAGUUCAGUGAAGCUAAAUAAUAAGAUGGAAAAUAACCCAAAGUUUUGAAUUUUUAUUUUUGGGAUUUUUGUUGGAGGUUUUGAACGUAAAAAAACCAAAUCUUGAAAAAGGUUGGGUUUUUUUUGGUGGUGUUUCUUGAUUUUGCUGCACUUUGUCAAGAAAAUACUUUAAGGAAGUUUUAGUCAUGGCUAACGAUUUGCAAGUGCUAAAUGCACUAGAUCUAGCAAAGACACAGUUGUAUCACUUCACAGCAAUUGUGAUUGCUGGCAUGGGCUUUUUUACUGAUGCUUAUGACCUUUUCUGCAUUUCUAUGGUCACAAAGUUGCUCGGUCGCAUUUACUACCAUCAUGAUAAUGCAGUGAAACCGGGCUCUCUGCCCCCUAAUGUCUCAGCAGCUGUUAACGGAGUCGCCUUCUGUGGCACCCUUGCUGGACAACUGUUCUUCGGGUGGCUCGGAGAUAAGCUUGGAAGGAAGAAAGUCUAUGGAAUGACCCUUAUGAUUAUGGUCAUUUGUUCAAUUGCCUCAGGGCUCUCUUUUGGUCACACACCAAAAAGUGUAAUGGCUACACUUUGUUUCUUCAGAUUCUGGCUUGGGUUUGGCAUUGGUGGUGAUUAUCCCCUUUCUGCCACCAUCAUGUCCGAGUAUGCUAACAAGAAGACUCGUGGAGCGUUCAUUGCUGCUGUGUUUGCUAUGCAAGGCUUCGGAAUUCUGGCUGGUGGAAUGGUGGCAAUCAUUGUUUCUGCAGCAUUCAAAGGUGCAUUCCCUGCACCAGCAUAUCAGGAUGCUCCUCUUGCUUCAACAGUCCCUCAGGCUGAUUUUGUGUGGCGUAUUAUCCUCAUGUUUGGUGCACUCCCCGCUGCACUUACUUAUUACUGGCGUAUGAAGAUGCCUGAAACUGCCCGUUACACUGCCUUGGUGGCUAAGAACUUGAAACAGGCAGCGAACGACAUGACCAAGGUGAUGCAAGUCGAAAUUGAAGCAGAGCCAGAGAAAAUCGAGUCUGUUUCUGAAGAAAGAGGGGGAGCCAAUGAGUUUGGUUUGUUCACUAAGCAGUUCCUCCAUCGCCAUGGACUUCACUUGCUUGGAACCACUAGCACGUGGUUCUUGUUGGACAUAGCUUUCUACAGUCAAAACCUUUUCCAGAAGGACAUAUUCAGUGCAAUUGGAUGGAUUCCAUCAGCACAAACCAUGAAUGCAUUGGAUGAAGUUUACAGAAUUGCAAGAGCACAAACUCUUAUUGCUCUUUGCAGUACGGUUCCUGGUUACUGGUUCACAGUGGCAUUCAUCGAUAGAAUUGGUCGAUUUGCUAUUCAGUUGAUGGGAUUCUUCUUCAUGACAGUCUUCAUGUUUGCCCUAGCCAUUCCAUACAAUCACUGGACUCACAAGGAUCACAGAAUCGGCUUCGUGGUCAUGUACUCACUCACCUUUUUCUUCGCAAACUUUGGUCCAAACGCCACAACAUUCGUUGUCCCAGCAGAGAUUUUCCCAGCCAGGCUUAGGUCCACAUGCCAUGGAAUAUCAGCAGCAGCAGGAAAAGCAGGAGCCAUCGUUGGUGCAUUCGGAUUCUUGUACGCUGCUCAGCCCACGGAUCCCAAAAAGGCUGAAGCCGGUUACCCUGCUGGCAUUGGCGUGAAGAACUCGCUAAUCGUCCUAGGGGUUGUCAACUUACUUGGAAUGUUGUUCACAUUCUGUGUUCCAGAAUCCAAUGGGAAGUCAUUGGAAGAUUUGUCAAGGGAAAAUGAAGGGGAAGAGGAAAAUGGAGCAGAAAUGAGAGCAACUAGUGGAAGGACAGUUCCUGUUUAAUGUUUAGACAAACUGCUAGAGUAUAUACUAAACAUACUAUGAUGCAUUUUGAGUGAAUUUGUGGUCUUUAGAGCAACACAUCUUGGGAUAGAAACAAUUGUUUUGUGGUAUGUUUUGAGAUGGAAUAAGCUCUACUCUUUUUUUUUUUUUUUUUUUUUUUUUAAGUUUGUUUUUGAUAAUUAAACAUUAUCUUAGGAUUGCAAGUCCCAGAAUUUCCUAGAUGUAUAAAGUAACCAAAUGAGGUUAGUUGUUGUCUUUUUCUUCUUUCUAUGAAUUAAAAUAUAAUGAAUCAUCAGAAAUGUUCAUUUCUUGUUUC